AUGGAACCGUUCGAGUACAACGCGAACCCGGGCCGCGUGGUCUUUGGUCCAGGUAGCAUCCAAAAACUGCCGGAUGAGAUCCGACGACUGGGUUUCAAAUCGCCUCUUCUUCUGUCGACACCUCAACAAGUCCGUGAAGUAGAACAUCUCGCAAAGAUCCUGACCUCGGCCUCCAUCGACCCUGCUGGCGUAUACAGCAAUGCGACCAUGCACACUCCCUCCCACAUCACCGAAGAAGCCAUGUCUUUUAUUCACUCGAAAUCCGCAGACUGCGUUGUUUCAAUAGGAGGUGGUUCGACAACCGGACUGGGAAAAGCCAUAUCAGUCCGAACUGGUCUACAUCAUAUCUGCAUCCCCACCACAUAUGCUGGUAGUGAGAUGACGCCUAUCCUGGGAGAAACACAGGACGGCCGCAAGACCACUCGGACAGAUCCCCAAAUCCUUCCUGGCACGGUCAUAUACGACGUCGACCUGACCAUGACGCUGCCCAUCUCUUUGAGCGCCACGUCAGGUGUCAACGCCAUCGCCCACGCUGUCGAAGCAUUGUAUGCGAAGAACAAAAACCCCAUCAUAUCACUUCUCGCGCUUGAAGGCACCAAAGCCCUCGCCGAAUCUCUUCCCGAAAUUAUCCAAAAUUCCCAAUCUCAACCAGCGCGCGAGAAAGCCCAGUACGGCGCAUGGCUAUGCGGUGUCUGCCUCGGAUCCUCCUCCAUGGCCCUGCACCAUAAACUAUGUCACACACUCGGCGGCUCCUUCAAUCUACCGCAUGCUGAGACACAUACGAUCGUGCUCCCGCACGCUCUUUCGUACAACGCGCCCGCUAUCCCGGACGCCAUGGCCAAACUGGCCUCUGUACUUCCCGGAAGUGACGGUGACGCCACUAAGGGCUUGAACGUCCUCCUGGAGAGACUCCAGGUCAAACGCGCGUUGAAGGACUUUGGCAUGAAGGAGGAAGACAUCGACAAAGCCGCCGAGAUCGCCGUGAGUAAUCAAUACCCGAAUCCAAGAAAGGUUGAGAAAGAGCCGAUUCGGGAAUUGAUUCGGCGAGCGUGGGCUGGUGAACCAGCUAGGGCUGAUUUAUAG